CUCAGCGCGCAUGCGCGCCCGCCGCCGCUGUAGCGCAGCGGGGAAGGCGCCGCUCCCUCGACUCUGAGGUCGCGUGUUCGAGCCCUGCCGCAGCCGCCGCGGGCGUCGCGGUGCCCCACGCUGUGUCGUACUGUCGCCCCCCACUCCCCGCCAUGUGUCCCCUCUGUUGUCACCUCGCGGGGAUGCUGAGCAAUGGCCGGGGCGGGGCUCGCCCUUCCCAGCAGUGUGGCAACACCACUGACAGCCUCCUUCCUUCCUUCCUCCCUCACCGCGACCGCAGCGCCCGGAGCCGGGGGUCCCACGGGAACCGGGGGUGGCACCAGAACCGGGGCACCCACCAGAGCCGGGGGUCCCACCAGAUCCCACCAGAGCCGGGGGUCCCAGCUGAGCCGGGGGUCCCAUGGGUGAGCGCUGUCCGGCCGGGAGGGGACACGGAGCGCUCGGCACGGCCGGUGCCACCGCCGGGACCCCCGCCGGGGGAGCCGGGAGGGACCCCCAAAGCUCGGGGGGCGCGGGCAGGGGGCGCGGGGCUCUCCUGGUGACCACCCUCAGCCUCGCCCUCCUCUUCCUCCGCGCAGAGGCCGAAGGCUUCGCCCUCUGCCGCGAGCCCACGGUGCAGACCAAGGUGUUCCAGUACCGGCUGUGGGACGUGAACCAGCGCUCGCUGUACCUGCGCGACGGGCACCUGGUGGCCGGGCACCUGCAGGGCGCCAACGCCGCGCUGGAAGAGAAGGUGUUCUGGGUGCCCAACCGAGCCCUGGAGCCCGCGCGGCUGCCCGUGAUCCUGGGCAUCCAACACGGCUCCCGCUGCCUGAGCGCCGAGCGCGGCCCGCGCGGAGAGCCGCGCCUCAGCCUGCAGGACGUGGACAUCCGGGAGCUGCCCCGCGCCGGGGACAGCGCGGCCGCCUUCACCUUCUUCCGCUCCUACCGGGACGGGCUGUGGCGCUUCGAGUCGGCCGCGCACCCCGGCUGGUUCCUGUGCACGGCCCCGCGCGGCCACCAGCCCCUGGCGCUCUGUCGCCACCGCGAUGUCGCCUCCAACCUGAUCGACUUCUACUUCCAGCUCUGCUGAGCCCCCCCGGCCCCCGCGCGGGGACAGCCCGGCCCAGGGAGGGUGACAUCCACCUGGGGAGGGUGACAUCCUCAUCCCAGGGAUGGUGAUAUUCCCCUGGGGAGGGUGACAUCCUCCUGGAGAGGGUGACAUUCCCCUAGGGAGGGUGACAUCCUCCUGGAGAGGAUGGCAUCCCCACCGGGGCGGUGACAUCCUUAUCUCAGGGAGGGUGACAUCCUCACUGGGAUGGUGACAUCUUCAUGGGGAAGGUGACAUCCUUAUCCCAGCGAUGGUGACAUCUUACUGGGGAGGAUGCCACCCCCCGAGGGACGGCGACAUCCUCAGCCAGGGAGGAUGACAAGUCCUUGCUCCUCGGUGGCAUCUUCUCCAGGACGGUGACAUCCCUUCAGGACAGCGCCAUCCCCCUGAGGACGGCGCCAUCCCUCUGGGGACAGCGCCAUCCCCCUGGGGACAAUACCAUCCCCCUGGGGACAAUACCAUCCCCCUGGGGACAGCGCCAUCCCCCUGGGGACAGCGCCAUCCCUCUGGGGACAGUGCCAUCCCCCUGGGGACAGCGCCAUCCCUCUGGGGACAAUGCCAUCCCCCUGGGGACAGUGCCAUCCCCCUGGGGACAGCGCCAUCCUUCUGGGGACAGUGACAUCCCUCUGGGGACAAUACCAUCCCCCUGGGGACAAUGCCAUCCCUCUGGGGACGGCGCCAUCCCCCUGGGGACAAUGCCAUCCCCCUGGGGACAGCGCCAUCCUUCUGGGGACAGUGCCAUCCCCCUGGGGACAGCGCCAUCCUUCUGGGGACAAUACCAUCCCCCUGGGGACAAUGCCAUCCCCCUGGGGACAGCGCCAUCCCUCUGGGGACAGUGCCAUCCCCCUGGGGACAGUGCCAUCCCUCUGGGGACAAUGCCAUCCCCCUGGGGACAGCGCCAUCCUGACCGCGCCCCCGCGCGGGAAUAAAGAUGCUGCGGCCA